GAUUAUAUAUUUGUUUAUCUUAGUAUUCCUAAAAUUCGUAGCUAUUAAACACCACUAGUACUUACAAUAUAUUUACAUAAACAAUUGUCAAAGUUGAUUAAAAACUUUUCCCAUGGCUGACCGAUAUGAUCGUGCUGUGACCAUAUACUCUCCCGAUGGCCACCUUCUUCAGGUGGAAUAUGCCCAGGAGGCGGUUCGCAAGGGAUCCACGGUGGUGGGUCUGUGCACCAAAAACUCCAUAAUUCUGGGCAUGGAGAAGAAGCAUGUGGGCACUUUGCAGGAAGAGCGAACCGUACGCAAGGUAUGCAUGCUCGACGACCAUGUGGUGAUCACCUUUGCUGGACUAACAGCCGAUGCCCGGAUCAUAGUCAGCCGAGCUCAGACAGAGGCGCAGAGUCAUCGCUUGAAUUUUGAGAAACCCGUGUCCGUGGAGUAUAUAACGCGUUUUAUAGCCCAGAUGAAGCAGAAAUAUACACAGAGCAAUGGCCGGCGUCCCUUCGGCUUGUCCUGCUUGGUGGGCGGCUUCGAUGAGGAUGGCACUCCGCACCUGUUCCAAACGGAGCCCUCAGGCAUCUUUUACGAGUGGAAGGCAAGCGGCACUGGGCGCUCGGGAGCCUUGACCCGCGCCCAUAUGGAAAAGCAUGCCGACGAGAUUCUAGCCUCCACGGAUGAGCCCAUGGCCAUGCUGAAGCAUGUGGUCCGUACUCUGGUGUGCUCAGCCACGUUGAAUCAGAACCAAAUCGAGGUGGCUGUCCUUGAGCACAAGCAGCCGUUGCGGAUGAUUGAUCACCAGGCCGUCACCGAUCUCGUGAGGGAGGUGCAGCAGGAAAUGGAGGAGGAGGCCAAGCAGCGGACGCGCAAGACUCCACGUCCUUGAUUCUGGACACUGCCGGCGGGCAGGCAGGACACUUUACGAGAUACUUCUAAUCAAAAGUUGAUAAACCAUUCCUUUUCUGGCAUCGCA